CGAGGUCACAGUACGUUAGUUUGGAAACAGAAGCUUGAGGUUACUUCGAGCUUUGUUUGGCAGAUCCGAACAGGAUGGUAUAGUAUCUUCUAGAAAUGGGGAAAGAGAUGGUUGCGAGUGGGAGGAAUGGAAUGGGGUUCAAGUCGCAUGCGGAAAUAGGAGGAGGCAGUGAGAUUCCGAUGAGGGAUGAGGGGACCUGGACUCUCUCGGUCUCUUUAGACUCUACUUCCUAUUUCUCGUCUCCUACAGUGAUGAUAAUAGCGGACUCUUAUUCUCCGCUGUGGCUUUGCUUUGUCUUUGCUUUGGCUUCAGUAGGUACCGCAUACAGCCGUGUAAUCCUGUCCUAUACAGGGCAAUAUAGCGCCAAUUAUCAUCCUUCCAAUCCGUUUGCCUGGAGGCUUCUACCGGGAAUCAUCAUAGGCAAAGGCAAGCGAUUGAAAACCGGAUUUAUUGACAUGCCGCUAUGCCUUGGUACAUAUUGCAAUUAUAUCUGAAAUCCUGGAUGGUGCAGGUGCCUAUUGAUCCAAUGAUGAGAAUCGUAAUAAGUACGAAUACAGCAAUGGAGUUGCAGCGGUGGUUCACAAUAGCCAUUCAACGCUCAACCGUCGUCUGGUCUGGACUUCGUGAUACACCCCCAAGAACCAUGCAGAUGUUCACUACACCAAUGACGGUAUGCAACACUGCUUGAAUCCCAGAAGUCCUUUUGAGAAUGCCCUUAGGC